AUGUCCUCAGCACCAAAGUCGCCGUCCAGCGAGGAUAUCGUAUCUCAAAAGUAUGACCGCUGCAUGGCGGACCUGCUGGUCAAGUCCGGCAUUGGCUUUGGUGUAGGCGUUGUCGCGUCCGUCAUUCUAUUCCGCCGACGAGGAUGGCCAGUCGCCUUAUCCACCGGUUUUGGGGCUGGUAUGGCGUACGCCGACUGCGACCGCUCGUUCAACCCCGCGCGCAUCCAGGGCGUUCGCGUGUUGACGCAGGAGGAGCUCAAAUCGAAGAGCUGA